UCCCGGUGACAACACGCCGUGUCUCACAUUUCCUAACUAACCAUUUGACAGCCCAGAUGCGAGCGAUCGGGCAAGCAGUCCAGCAGGAGCCCGCCGCGAUUCCCCGACGGUCCCCCCCUAAAAGCAGCGCACAUUAACGGGAUACACAAACUGCAACUGGAAAAUCAACGCCGACGUGACCUAAAACUUUCUGUUCUCCGAAAUGCACGUCUUCAUUUAAAUGACCUCAGUUAAUUGAUAUACGAGUCAGCGACGCGAACGAAACCGCAAGAGGAAACAGAAUCGAUUUAUGAAAUUACCGUCUACAAAUCCUCUUCAUUGCGACUAUCGACGUCAGGUCGUGUGAAAAAAUCACUCUCAUUUCACACCUUUUUAUCUAGGAUCAUUGGUGCCUGGCGACGGUCACAAUGCAAGAUAUACGGCACUACUUUCCACCUAGUUGAACAACAGAAAACGUUUAUUAUUAUUAUUAUUAUUAUUAUUAUUAUUAUUAUUGUUGUUGUUGUUGUUGUUGUUGUGGAUUACAACAAAACCCUACAUCGUUUUUGCUUUGCGCCUGAUUUGGACUCCUUCCUCUCUCGCCGUGAUCGUCCGCCCCGCUUCUUUGGCUGAGCUCCGUCCCAAACCGUGCUGGAAAACCUCAUGCAGCCGCCAAGAGAGAGGAGAGAGGUGCGAUCCUGUGCUGGAUGGAUGGUUAUGGGGAAAGGAGCAGCAACUUCGGCGCUAGACGUCUGCAAGAUCUUCGCCCUGUUUAUCUACAUGUUCCCUACAGCGAGUCUGCAGUGCCGGAUCCUGAAGUGUAACUCUGAAUUCUGGGCCUCCACGUCCAGCCUGGGCCCCGAGGAGGAGUUUUGCACGGCGCUGAGGGCCUAUCACGCCUGCGUGCGGCGCACGGCGCGUACCUGCCGCGGUGACCUGGCCUACCACUCCGCCCAGCACGGCAUCGAGGACCUGAUGGGGCAGCACAACUGCUCGAGGGAGGGCCCCACCUCGCAGCCGCGCACUCGCAGCCGCACGCCACCUCCGCCGCCGCCGCCGCCCGACAGCCAGGAGCGCUCCGACGCGCCGGAGGUCUGCCACUACGAGCGCGGCCUUCCGCGGAACGCCGCCCCUCCCAACUACACACACUGCGGCUUCUUUGGGGACCCGCACCUGCGCACCUUUGGCGAUGACUUCCACACCUGCAUCGUGGAGGGGGCGUGGCCUCUCAUCCACAACAAGUACCUGUCCGUCCAGGUGACCAACACCCCUGUGCUACCUGGCUCUUCAGCCACGGCAACCAGCAAGCUGACCAUCAUCUUCAAGAACUUCCAGGAGUGUGUGGAUCAGAAGACGUACCACGCGGAGACCAACGAGCUGCCGGCCGCCUUCGCCGACGGCUCGCGCAACGGUGGCGAGCGCCAUGGGGGGGCGGCGCUGCGCGUGCUGGAGAAAGUCCCCGGCCAGCACGUGGAGAUCCAGGCCCGCUACAUCGGCACCACCAUGGUGGUGCGGCAGGUGGGCCGCUACCUCACGUUCGCGGUGCGCAUGCCGGAGGAGGUGGCGCACGCUGCUGAGGACGGCGACAGCCAUGACCUCUACCUCUGCCUGCACGGCUGCCCCCUCAGCCAGCGCAUCGACUUCCGGACGUUCCGGCACCGUGCCGCAGGAGGACGUGCCCCCGUGAGGAGACCCGGCUCCGGAGACCAGUUGGGCUCACCACCCCAUACCUUCACUUACCAGUCAGCCGUGGCCAAGUGCAAAGAGCGCCUCCCGGUGGAGGACUUGUACUUCCAGUCGUGCGUCUUCGACCUGCUGACGUCUGGUGACGUCAGCUUCAGCCUGGCUGCCUACUAUGCCUUUGAAGAUGUCAAGAUGCUCCACUCGAACAAGGACAAGUACCAUCUGUUUGAAAAGGCGGUAGGGCUGGGGGGUGCCCCAUCUAGGAGCCCCCACCGGAGCCUGCUGCCUCUCCUCAGCGCCCUCGCACUUCUCUGGCUUCAGUGGCUCCCUGUGUGUCUCUGAUCACUCUGGCUUCAGCUGUAGCAGUGAACAUUCCCAUCAUCACGCCAUACCUCAUCCCACACCACCCCAUAUCCGCUCACCUGCUUGGGUGGGGGGUUGAGUGUUUCCAUGCCAGAGUGCCCCAUUCCAGCCAUCCAUCCUGUCUUCCAUGUUCCCGCCAAUGCGCAGAUGGAAUGCCGCGAUUGCUGCCCUCCCCAGGCUCUCCGGGCAUGCUAAGGGACAGCUCUGGGCGAUGAGCAGCGGCGCCCCUUGGGGGAUGGGGCAGAGAGGCUCCAGGAUCUUAGGGGCUGAGCUAGGAGGCGAAAGCUUCCCCCAGCAGAGGGCAGAGCCAGCAGGCUUCUGUGAGCCGCCGAUGGGGAGGGCUUUGUGUAUGUGACACCCGCCACAGGCCUGGGAGACAGGAGAGGCCUGAGCGUGCAGCAGAGCGCCCUCUGCAGGCCGGUGGAGAUUUAUGGUCACCUGGCUGCCUGCCUGCCAUGUCCUUGAGAGGGAUGGUCGUACGGUGUCCUCUCACGAGGGCUUGCUAUCUGUGGACGGAAGCCGCACUUGCCGGUCAUUUCCAGUUGGGCUGUUUGCCCUAACAGGUGUCUAAAGGAUGAACAGUAUUUAAGUGAUCCGAUUGACCGGGUGUCAGAGUCGAGCUGGAAUCGGAUCCAGGAUGCAGCAGUGAGCACAGCAGAUUAUCCAUGGCAAUGUUUACAUGCUGAAUGUUUUUAAGUUUAAUUUGCAUAUCUCCGAAUAUGCUUAUAGUGUGUGUGUGUGUAUGUAUGUAUGUAUGUAUGCGUGUGUGUGUGUGGACUGAAAUGUUCACACAGCGACCACAAGAUUUUUGUCUUUUAUUGUUUAAAUUAGCCCCUCUUGGGCUCUCUCUCUCCCUCUCCCUCCCUAUACUUUUCACAGUUUAGCAGUUUAAUGCCACAUUCACUCCAGCUAGAUCUAUGAACAAAGCAGUGAAACGAUCUUCCAGCACGGAUAGAAGCCAAGCAGCCGAGGGGGGGGCUCUCUGGCGCGAGGGGCCCCGCUCUGUCACACUGACAUUAAAAGGCCGGCCCCCAUGCUUAACGGCUGCCGCCCUGGCUUCGCUGUAGGGCUUGUUUGAGUCGUCUCUCUCAAUAGUCCUGUUAAUUUAUGGCUGAAACCCUUGCCAAAGAGCAGAACCUUGUGCCAACAGUUUAAAAAAUGGCCAAUCCCACUCUCCCCUGCCUCCACGUUCCUAACCCUUCCGUUUCUGGGGAGCUCGGUAGUUGAAGGUAUUUGGGUUGCACUGAGGGCUGUGCUGUGUGUGGUGCUGAUGAAAGUAAGGGCAGAUUGUGGGGGUAACUGGGGGGGGGGGGGCUGCUAUUUCCCUGCCACCCUGUGGCAUCCUGCUGCUGUGGGACCAGUCUGAGGCGCCGGCGUCAUUCCAUCGCGUGGCAUCGAUUC